UUUUGGAUAAACGACACACCAGCGCGGCAGAUUCAACUUUUGUCUCAGAGAGCAGUUGUACAGUAGCACUAAAUAACCGUAGCAAUAUUUUAUUUUUUGUUAAACUGUUUUUUAAAUUAACCUCAUAUUAACAUAAAGAUGGACUGUGUGGAUUUUCCAAGAAUUUUUCCAAACUCACCGAGGAAAACACGGGGACAGAUUCAGGUCAUAUUUGGACCGAUGUUUUCAGGCAAAAGUACUGAACUAAUGCGAAGAGUGCGCCGUUUCCAGAUAGCCCAGUACAACUGCUUGGUGGUCAAAUAUGCAAAGGACACUCGUUAUUCUGAUUCAGGCAUGGCAACACAUGACAAAAAUACAAUGGCAGCUAUACCAGCCAACUGCCUUCAGGAUGUGCGGAGUCAAGCAUUGACAGCCUGUGUAAUUGGAAUUGAUGAAGGACAGUUUUUUCCAGACACAGUGGAGUUCUGUGAGGAGAUGGCCAAUUUAGGGAAGACAGUCAUUGUUGCUGCUUUAGAUGGAACCUUCCAGAGAAAGCCAUUUGGAAACAUCUUGAACCUGGUUCCUCUGGCUGAGAGUAUAGUGAAGCUGCAUGCUGUCUGUAUGCAGUGUUACAAAGAAGCUGCUUACACUAAGAGGAUAGGAGCAGAGAAGGAGGUGGAGGUGAUCGGUGGAGCUGACAAGUAUCAGGCUGUGUGUAGAAAAUGUUAUGGAGGUCUCAUGGUUGACAAAGAGAACAGCAUUCCCUUCAGAGAUGAAACUCCAAAUAAUGUCCCUGCAGGAAAACAUGUGGAACCUGGGUUUCCCAGAAAGCUUUUUUCCUCUCUCCAACUUUGAGCAUCAGAAUUAGAUUUUUUGCAGAUUGUCGGCCUAUGGAAUCCCAAAUCAAAACAUUUGUUUGCUUCUGUGGUUGUUUGGUUUUUAAUUGGUGCAGUCUUUAGUUUUUUUUUGUCAUAGACAGGGCAUUGCAAUGAAUAACCCUGAAAAUGAGUGUCAAUGCAUUAUUCAUGAUCGUAGUUUUAACUGCAUGACCUGUUAUCCUGUCAAAUAUGUGGUUUUAAGUUAUUUUUAAUGAACAAAAUGUGGUCUUCUUGAAUUUAGGAUGUAAAUGAUGUAAUGUGUUGACUUUUUGACAAGUCAGUGGUGUAAUAGAAGUAAAAUUUCUGUUUUACACAUUCAA